CAAUCGGUCACACAAUCAUUCCGACGUUGUUCGUGUGUGCGUGCGAGUGCGACAGCAGUACACGGCCUAGUGCAGCGCGACUUGCAGCAAAGGAGAAAAAUUAAAAGAAGUUGUAUAGUUUUUUACAAAGAAAGAAAAGUAUCUGUCGCACCGAAAAACAUAUAAAAAGAUAUAUCGCUUGUGUGUGUAGAAAACUAAAAAUGGCACAAAGCAAUGGCAUUGAAUAAAAGUGAAGUUUUUGCGGCUCAGGCAACAAAAUAAUUGAAACAACAACAUCUAACCAGCCAUACAAAAGGGAAAGAACAAGACGCUACCGCGGCCACUCCUUUUGUGCCCGUCGUUCGUUGUCUCGUUCCAGAAAAAUGUGUGUGUGUGUGUGCGUGCGUGCGUGUGAGUGAGUAUUUCGUGCUACGUCCGUGCGUGUGUGUAUGUUUGUGUGUGGUAAUUGAAAAAUUGUGAUUAGGAGUGCAUAAAUUAAAAAGUAGUAGAAUUAAUUGCAUUCAUUAGACAAGUGAGUAGGCAAUAAAAAGUGAAAAUUCUACGCUGCGCACACGAAACAAUAACAAGAAAAAUGGCAAAUAUGAUGUUUUAUUGUGUCUGCAAAAGCUCAAGCGAAGUUAACUAAAGAGAGAGAUAAGCGAACGAACGUUAAACAUAGACACGCAUACACACAAAUACAUAUACACAGAGUGACACACACAUAUAAAGACAUACAGCAGCGGAGUACAGCGUGCGUGUGUGUUUAUGACUCACGGCUGGCCCUGUGAGCAGUUAGCAAGUGCAAGCAAGACAGCAUAAGCGUGAGCAACGAGUGUGCAAACGAGAUACGAGAUACGUUGCUACCUACGCCAACAACAACGACAACCAAAUCGCUGCCGUUUCUGCUGCCGCGCUUCAAUAGAAUUUCCCAAAGCAGUUGUUGAGCGCGACUAAUCGCAUUUGAAGAAAAUUCCAACGUAGCAAGCAAAAGCAACAGACAGAGGACAAACCCGUAAAUAGAAAAGAGAAAAGGAAAAUAUCACGAUCAUGAGUUUCACGAAGUGGUUCAAGAAGAAGGAGCAAAUCUCCGAGAUCGGCGCACCAACAAACUUCCAAAGGCACUUCCAUGUCUCCCGCAACCAGGAGACGGGCGAUCUCGAAGGCCUGCCCACACCAUGGGUGCGUCUGAUGAAUACACAGAUCACCCGCGAUGAGCAGGACAAGAAUCCGGAUGCAGCGUAUCACGCGGUCAAAUACUACAAUUACUCAAUCAAGAAGAAGGAGCAAGAGGUGUUUAAGCCCUUCAUCACGGAGGAUGUGAUACACGAGGAGUCCAAAGAGAUUGACAACUAUGUCAACUACAAGAACAAACACAAGUCCCAGGACAUUGAUAAGUCCUCCGAUGACGAUGGCAGUGGUAACUCCACUGCCACUGAGACGAGCAGCAGCGGCUGCGGCAGCUCGGCCGCGCACAGCAACAGCAGCAGUCUGAACGAUAGCAGUCAACAGUCAUUGAUACCGUUGGAUGCUUUAAACGACGUGAUCAAGGAACUGGAGUCCAAUUUGGGCCGUGAUACGCUUAAGCCAGUACCAAGGUCGACGUCGACAGCGGGAAGCAACAGCAGCGGCUUAGAGCCGCCACCGGUGCCGCCCAAGAAGUCAUCGCAGCACAUGCAGCCACAGUUGAAGCCACAGAUUAAGCCAAAGCCACACAGUGUGACACAGCAAAAGUUCCAGCGCAUAUCCGAUCUGCGUGCCAUUGAUGGCCACGAUGAUGCAACACAACAGCAUAAGAUCAACACGGACACGAUCAUCAUAAAGCCAGCGCCCGCUGGCGGCACCAACAAUGACACAUCGGAGGAUGCGCCUGAGGAGACGAUAUUGCGCCGCUCAAAGGAGAAACGGGCGCAUAAAACCGAUUCAGAGAUCUAUGAAGAGCUGCGCGCCAUCUGUAAUCCCGAGGAUCCCCGCGAACGUUACAAAACCACCCAGGAGGUGGGCAAGGGUGCCUCGGGCAUUGUAUUUAUUGCCGGCGAUCUGCAGUCCGAGGCCCAAGUGGCGGUCAAAACGAUCGAGAUGAAGAAUCAAUCGUCCAAGGAUCUCAUACUCACAGAAAUUCGUGUGCUCAAGGACUUUAAUCACAAGAACUUGGUCAAUUUCCUUGACGCCUAUCUGCUAGAGCCCGAGGAUCAGCUCUGGGUGGUCAUGGAAUACAUGGAUGGUGGUCCACUCACUGAUGUUGUCACCGAGACGGUGAUGAAGGAGCGUCAAAUCGCCUGCGUCUGUCGGGAGGUGUUAUAUGCCAUCAGUUUUCUGCAUGCCAAGGGCAUCAUACAUCGCGACAUCAAGUCCGAUAAUGUAUUGCUGGGCAUGGAUGGUUCCGUCAAGGUAACGGACUUUGGUUUCUGCGCCAACAUCGAGGGAGAUGAGAAGCGUCAGACGAUGGUUGGGACGCCGUAUUGGAUGGCACCAGAGGUGGUGACGCGAAAGAAAUACGGCAAGAAGGUAGACAUUUGGUCCAUCGGCAUUAUGGCCAUAGAAAUGAUCGAAGGUCAGCCGCCAUAUCUGUAUGAGACGCCACUGCGUGCUCUCUACCUGAUUGCCGCCAAUGGCCGGCCCGACAUUAAGAGCUGGGACAAAUUGAGUCCAAGUCUGCAGGAUUUCCUCGAUCGUUGUCUGCAGGUCGAGGUGGAUCGGAGGGCCACAGCCGAUGAGCUGCUGAAGCAUCCGUUCCUCGAUGAUUGCAGCGAGGUGAAGGCACUGGUGCCCAACAUCAAGGCGGCCAAGAAGGUGUUGCGUCGCAACGUAUAGUUAAUGUGCAAUCAACAUCAUCGAGCGGCCAGGCUGCUCUAUGCGUGAUGUGAUCCAUGAAUGGAUGGACAACUCCUCUCCUCCUUCCCAAACUAAAACUUCAUCACUCCGCUAUUUCCUUGGAUAUUUUGGAGGAGAAUGUGUGUAAAUUAAAACUGGAACAAAAUGCUGACAAAAGUCUUUCACAAUUACAAUAAACAACAACAACAAAAGGAGCAAAAAAAAAAAAAUUUUAACAACCAAAACGAUAAUUCUUGUACAUCGCGGGCCGAUAAUACCGUUAAUUGCAACUGUUGCAGGUGACAAAUGUAUCCAGAGUUUCUAACAGCAGCAACAACAAAAUUGCAAGGUGGAAUGCAGCGACGUCGCAGCGGGAGCAUCGUCAUAAACAACAACAAAAGCUCGCAUGAAGUUUUGUUUUGGUAUAGAUUAAAAGGAAGCCGGCCUAAAGUUGUGCAGUUGUUUAACUGUGUUUUGCUUACUAUUUUUGUUUUUAUUUUGCCUGAGACAUACGAUAUACAUAUGCAUAUACACAUACAUACAUCUAUAGAUACUUACAUAUUAAGUAUAUAUGACUGGCUGAGUGUGCCCACAGUGUAUACCCUCUAACGGUAUAUGCUAAGAAUACGAUUUAAAUUACAAUUAUGAUAACGAUACAAUAGAUUAAUUAUGUUUCAUUGUAUGCGUACACACACACGUAUUGUUAAGUGAACAGUAGAUGGAUAAAUGUUUACAUAGUAUAUACAUAUACAUAAAUGUGAUUUAAGCGAUUUUAUCAAAGCUGCAUUAUGCAAUUCUACAUAAAAUUCGUCGUAGUCUCUAAGUGCAACAACUAAAAACACAACAAACAAAUUAAACAUGCAAUACUUGUUGUAAAUUACCAAAAAAAAAAGAUAAAAAAGAUAAGAUGAUAAAAUGGAAACUAUAUUAAAAUGUAACAAGUGGAAAUGAGUGUGUAACAAGUGCCAUUAGGA